AUGGAGCUGAAAACGCUUUUACUCGUGGUAACCCUUAGCAGUGGUGUGCUGUGUGCGGUGUACAAUCAAUCCGAGAGUGGCGAGUUGAAACAUCUCACCAGAAAGAAGCGGUUCCUUCUAUUUCCACCCGGUGCUAAUAUUCUGUUAACAUCCUCAUUCGGCAAAGGAAUGGUAUUUCGUGGUCCUGCCGGCUAUGUUGCGAUUGGUGAGCUUGAUUUGUACUACCCACUGCCCGACUACAAAUACCACGCGAGUGCCCUUAAGCUGGGAGGUAUUGCGAUGUAUCCUCCGGAACCGAAAAAACCAGCGCCUCCCCCACCACCGCCACCACCACCUCCAAAAAUGCCAGCACCCGAGAAGGACGAAGAUCAUCACCAUAACGGGGGUGAAUUGUCACCUGCUGAAGUGGAACAGUAUCUCAAAGAUCAUCCAGGCACCUGGGUACCACCGGGUUGGGGCAAGGAACGGGCAGAUUGGAACACGAACAACCUCCAAUACCAGUCAGGGUAUUGGGCUCAGGACCGUACACAGAAUCAGUACCAAUAUUCGUACCCAUCAAACACGCUGGAUCGGUAUCUGGGCGGUAAUCCGGACGGUUCCGCCGGUUACUACGGAUGGAACGAAAGACCUUACGAUCGCUACCGAAGGUCUCUGCUUAAGCAGACGUUUGACGAGGAGCAGUCGGAAGAAGACGAACGUAGCAAGUGGUUGAGUGGAGAAACGUUCAACAUAAGCCAUCACAGUAGCUGGGAACACUUUCAUCACUAUCGGGAUCGAAGGGCACUGUUCAGCCAUCUGGAGGAAACCAUUGGCUCAAUCACCGGUUUUCACAUGAAGGAGUGCAUUCUUAGGAGCAUAUGUGAGGCAAAGAACAUGCUGCCACCACCGGGCCGGUCGAUGGCGAUGGACAUCUUCCGUGUGCUGUUUAGCUUCCCGCUGAACGAAGCACUAAGCGAUGACUACAGCAAUGCGAUGCGCGAUGAUAACAUCGAUUGCCGGGGAAGAUAUGGCAAAGCUUGCCCGAUGAGUCUGCUGGAAUUAGUUCUGUUCGGCAAGUUUAAAACAUAG